AGCAACAGAGUACUUCAUUCCUCCUUCAGAAUGAAUGGAGACCAGAAAUUGUAUGACCAAAAGCUGGACUUCAUCCAGCACUUCCCUGAGAUCGUCAGGGUACUGACUGAGGAUGACAUGGAGCACCCAGAAAUAGGAGAUGCUAUUGCCCGUCUCAAGGAGGUCCUGGAGUACAACCUCAUUGGAGGCAAGUACAAUCGGGGCAUGACCGUGCUGAUAACCUUCCAGGAUCUGGUGGAACCAAGAAAGCUGGAUGCUGACAGUCUGCAGCAGGCCAUGACUGUGGGCUGGUGUGUGGAACUGCUCCAGGCUUUCUUCCUGGUGGUAGAUGACAUUAUGGAUUCAUCCCUCACCCGACAGGGGAAGAUCUGCUGGUAUCAGAAGCCAGGCAUCGGUUUGGACGCCAUCAAUGAUGCAAUUCUUCUGAAAGAGUGUGUCUACCGACUGCUGAAGCUCUACUGCCGGGAGCAGCCCUUUUACCUGAACCUUAACGAGCUCUUCCUGCAGAGUUCCUAUCAUACUGAGAUUGGACAGAGCCUGGACCUCAUCACCAUCCCGCAAGGCAGCGUGGACUUUGGCCAAUACACUGAAAAGAGGCUCAAAUCUAUUGCCAAGUAUAAGACUGCUUUCUACUCUUUCUACCUUCCUGUAGCUGCUGCCAUGUAUAUGGCGGGCAUUGACGGGGAGAAGGAACAUGCCAAUGCCAAGAAUAUCCUGCUGGAGAUGGGGGAGUUCUUUCAGGCUCAGGAUGAUUACCUUGACGUAUUUGGGGACUCCAGUGUAACAGGCAAGAUUGGCACUGAUAUCCAGGAUGGUAAAUGCACCUGGCUCGUGAUUCAGUGUCUGCAACGGGCCUCUCCAGAACAACGCCAGAUCUUGCAGGAGAAUUACGGAGAGAAGGAGGCUGAGAAGGUGGCCCUGGUGAAGGCGCUGUACGAGGAGCUGAAUCUGCAGGCCGCGUUUGAGCAAUAUGAAGAAGACAGUUACAGCCACCUUAUGGGUCUCAUUGAGCAACACUCGCCACCCCUGCCCCCAGCCAUCUUCCUGAGGCUGGUGCACAAGAUCUACAAGCGGAAAAAGUGACCCUAGAGACUACCAGGGCAGGGAGGGCAAGUUCUCAAUAAAUUACAGUAAAACCUCUCAACGCUAUCUAUAGGUGCUGGAUAUUGCAACAAAAGUUUGCCAUAGGCUAAUUUAUACGGACAAG